UUAUGUUAUUAUGUCAAGUGAAUAUCAACAAAUCAACAUCUAACAGUGAAUCUGAAUGAGUGAAUGCAAUCGAUUUUACGUCUGAAACUGGGGAGUCUGCUAGAUACAAUUUUUUUUUUCGUGUAAGGAGUAAAAAUAUCCACACCAUAUGGGAAAAUUAAGUCUACAAAUCAAAGCAACUCUUGAAGGAAUUGAAGAGUUGUACACCAACCACCCUGAUUACACAUUCCUUCUGAAAAUAAAAUGUACCAGCUGUGGGGAAUUGUCUGAUAAAUGGCAUGAUGUUUCUGAAUCCCAAACAUUUCCUGGGAAAACUGGGAAAUCAGAAAAUAAUUACAUUGCAAAGUGCAAGUUAUGUGGAAGAGAAAACUGUCUUGAUAUAGUGCAGGGCAGUAAUGGGAAGUACACAAAUGAUGGCCAAGGAAACUUCAAAACAAUUGUAACUUUUGAUUGUAGAGGUAUAGAGCCAGUUGAAUUUUCUCCAAGUGAUGGAUGGCUAGCAAAGGUUGAGGAAAGUGGAAAGAUAUUUGAUAAUAUUAACUUGGCUGAAAAAGAAUGGGUUGAAUAUGAUGAACAAAGCAAACAAUCUGUUGGAGUGUAUGAGUUUGAAUCAAGAUUUGUUUCAAUAAAAUGAAAACUCUAAUAAUUUUCCUAUUGAUUUCACUAAUUAAAUGUUUAAUGGAAGUGUUAUUUAGACAUUAAUAAGAAUUGGAAGAGAAACUAUUAAAAAAAAGCUGCCCCUGACACACUCUGUGCUAUUCGAGAAACCGGCAGUCUCCCUUCCAGGUGUUUAUAUUGAGUUCAUUGUCGCAACGUCAGAUGAUGACCUUACGCCUGUCCAU